AUUUAGCCGGGCCCAUGUCGUUCUCUUGGGACUAUAAAAUCCCUCCAGGGGACCCGGCACCGCGCCGUUGUUCCUGGCGCCUUCUUUAUGCCCCCUUGCUUCUCGGUCUGGAGCCUUGUCGUGCGUGUGCGCCGCGAGUGAGUUCGUUUCUGCUCGCUCUUCCCCCCAUCCGCCACCAUGAAAGUCUCCCUCGGCAACGCGGCGGCGGCGGCGGCGGCGCUGCUGCUCGCCACCACCGUCUCUGCCGUCUCCUUCCACCGCAGCGGCAUGGAGAUCGGCCCAAUCGAGGACGAGGUCGAGCUGUUUUCCGCCUUGGCGACGAGCCGCGGCCGCGCGGACCCCAUGAACGGCUGGGGCGAGUUCGACCAGCUCAUCGACCACGCCAACCCGCAGCUGGGCACGUUCAAGCAGCGGUUCUGGUACGGCACCGAGUUCUGGAACGGGACAGGCUCGCCCAUCAUCGUGGUGAACCCAGGAGAACAGUCCGCAACAGGAUUCAACGUGACGUACACCACAAAAGGUCGUCUCGCUGGCCUGAUGGCUGAGAAGAUAGGGGCCGCCGUCGUCGUGGUCGAGCACCGCUACUGGGGCGAGAGCACGCCCUACAAGGUGCUCACGAGCGAGAAUCUCAAGUACCUGGAUCUGAAAAACUCAAUCCAGGACAUGGUGUACUUUGCCCACAACUUCAAGGCCCCCUUCGACCCCGCCGAGGGCGCCACGGCCCCGGGCCGCGUGCCCUGGCUCUACUCGGGCGGCUCCUACUCGGGCGCGCUGGCCGGGUGGAUCGCGGCCAAGGCCCCUGGAACCUUUUGGGCCAUCCACGGGUCCUCGGGCGUCGUCGAGGCCGUGGCCGACAUGUGGACCAUGUUUGUCCCCGUCCAGGAGGCGAUGCCGCGCAACUGCAGCCGCGACGUGUCGGCCGCCAUCGACUACAUGGACGGCAUCCUCAUGUCCGGCAGCCAGGCCCAAAAGGACAAGCUCAAGGCCAAGUUCAAGCUUGACGGUCUUAGCGACGCCGACUUUGGUCAGGCCAUUGAGAACGGGCCAUGGCUUUGGCAAUCGACUCAGUUCUACUCGGCAAACAAGGAUUUGGGCGGCCCCGGAUUCAACAGUUUCCACCGCUUCUGCGACUACGUCGAGGGCGCCUGGCCCGGCUCGACGACCCCCGUGCCCGGGGAGAAGGGCGUGGGCUCGUGCAAGGCCGUCGAGGGGUACGCCAAGUGGUUCACCGAGCUCUGGCUGCCCGGCCAGUGCGAGUCGUCCGGCUAUCCCGAGUGGCAGGGCCAGAACAACACGGCCUGCUACCAGAACCAGAACGCGUCCAACCCGCAGUACCACGACCUGAGAUAUAACAACCCAGUCAAUAGACAGUGGAACUGGAUGUUGUGCAAUGAGCCCUUCGGCUGGUGGCAAAACGGCGCCCCCAAGGACCGCCCCUCGAUCGUCUCGCGUCUCGUCAACAACAAGUACUGGAUGGACCAGUGCGAGCUCUGGUUCCCCGGCGGUGCCUACGGCUACGCCCUGGGACGGACCGAGGCCGACCUCAACGCCUGGACCGGCGGCUGGUCCGACCUUAACAUCCCGCGCCUCAUGUACGCCAACGGCCAGUACGACACGUGGCGCGAGGUCACCGUCAGCUCGUCCGUCCGCCCGGGAGGGCCCAUGCAGAGCAAACCGAACGGCACCCAGGUCCGCGUCCUGCCCGGCGGCGUCCACUGCUCGGACCUCUACGGCCCUAACUGGGCCGCCAACGAGGGCGCGAGGAAGAUCGCCGACGAACAAGUCGCGCAGAUGGCCGAAUGGGUCGGUGAGUUUUAUGCCGAGAAGGGCCUGGCGAGGUAGGGGGCGGGCACGCAAAAGGUGGGUGUAUAUGCUGGAAAAGAAGAUGUAUAUACGAGCCGUCACACACUGCUGGUGGGCGCGGCCUGCACCUCGAGGAGAAAUACAAAAGAGACGUCCCAUCACACCGAAGGGCGGGAUGCCGCUUCGUCUCGUUCAGCGGCGGCCGCUGUCGCUUCUUCC